AUGAAUCAGAGAAGAUCAUUUUUGCAAGAAGAAUUAUCAGAAAUUAAGCUCCUUGAUGAUAUCGGACACGAAGAGGGAUGCACGUUGUCCAGCUUGUUCGGCAAUGUCGAGCACUUCUUCGUGGGACACCUCAACAGAAGCAUCACAAUCCAAGUUAGCGAUGUUAGUGAUGAGCGAGAAUCCGAGCACCUUGAUUCCACAUUGUCGAGCAACUGUGACCUCGUGGCAGGUGCUCAUUCCGAGGGCAUCGGCACCAACAGUUUUGAAGAGAGACACCUGGAAAGAAUUGUUGGGUUAGUGACAGAAGGGUACCUCAAGGGGUCGCAAGUUUGGAAUCAUUUCAGAUUGCUACCAGGUAUUAAGGACAACUUGAUUACAUAG